CACACCGAUACCAGAUCAGAUUGCGUCUUGGCUUUAUAAACCCUGGCUUUCCUUCUCCACCUCCAAUCGAAACUGGCUGCUGCUAGCUAGGGUUUCACAUUUCAUAGCUCAGAUUCUCAGCUUGUAGUUAUCGUUACGGCAAUCGCUAUGGAUUUCUCUAAGAAACGGAAAGUCGACGAAUUCGAUGUUCCAUCCUCGCCGGGAAAUGUCGUCGCGAACGCCACUGCCGCAGCCGCUAGCUUAACCCUAGAAGACAUCAGGAAAAUCAUCGAGCCUUUCACCAAGGACCAGCUCCUCGACAUCCUCCAACAGGCCGCCGUUCACCACUCCGACGUCCUCGAUGCCAUCCGUUCCGUGGCCGACAGUGACGUCACUCUUCGCAAGCUCUUCAUCAGGGGCCUCUCUGCGGAGACCACAUCCGAGACCCUCCGCACCCUCUUCUCCACCUACGGCGAGCUCGAGGAGGCUAUUGUCAUCUUGGACAAGAACACUGGUAAAUCUAAGGGUUACGGAUUCAUUACUUUCAAGCACAUCGAUGGUGCUCGGAUGGCGUUGAAAGACCCCAGCAAGAAGAUUGAUGGGAGAAUGACGGUCACGCAGCUGGCCUCUGCUGGGCAAUCUAACUCCGGAGGUGGUGUCGAUGUUUCUUUGAGGAAGAUCUAUGUAGGUAAUGUGCCUUACGAUAUACCUUCAGAAAAGUUGUUAGCAUUCUUCUCAAUGUAUGGAGAGAUUGAGGAGGGGCCUUUAGGGUUUGAUAAGUCAUCUGGGAAGACCAAGGGGUUUGCUUUUAUGAUAUAUAAGACCGAGGAAGGUGCUCGGGCUGCUAUUGCUGAACCAACCAAGAACAUUAAUGGUUUUCAAGUUAUUUGCAAACUGGCUGCUGAUAAUAAGAAAGGUAAACCUCAUGGAGCAGACAAUUCACAGAUGCAACCAAACCUACAGCAGCCCUCGAUGCAACAACUACAACAACCGCCUUAUGGCUCUGGCACGAUGCCACCAUAUGGAGGUUAUUCUGGUGGAGGGAACAGCAAUAACUAUGGGAUGAAUUCGUCUAUGCCAGGAGCAAUGGGUAAUGGUGGCUAUGGUGGUCAGUACGGAGUUUCCCAAUACGGGGGACCUGCUGUGGGUGAGUAUGGAAUGAAUACUGCAGGGGGCUCUAUGUUCAGACCUCCUCCAAGCUCUGCUGGUUAUCCAGAUAGCGGGCCUUAUGGUAUGACUCAGCCACACCAGCCGCCAUCAAUGCCGCCUAGACUUCCACCAGGGGGGAUGUAUCCUGGUGGCCCACCUUACUACUGAGGUAAUUGUCUGUUUUUGUUGGGUUUGCUGGUUGUUAUCUUUAUUGCCCUGGUAUUUUGUUGCAACCAUGCUAUCAAGGAUGACUUAUUCUGUAUUAUUUGUGUAUUUCUACCACCAGUUCUGUUAUUGAGUCUAGGUGUUGAGUUUACACCUCUUGAUUGGUAGGUUCAACCUGUUAGGUAUUUUCCAAAUCGGCAGGCCGACAUGAAUUCAUCCCUAAUGACUAUGGCCAUUCCAUUCUUUUGUUGGAAAUAGUAUGAUUUAAGUGAUUGGUCUCUUUAAAUCUAAGGUCUUUGGUAUAUAUUAUUGGCUGCAUAGUUGAGGUCUUUGUUCUAGCUGUCUGCUAUCUACUUUCACUGUCUUUUUCAAUGGUUGGUAAACUUCUUUGAUGUUUGACUUGUUUUAUGUUCUGAUAGGUUUUUGGUUCAGGUGUGUGACAGCUUCUUGGGCACAAUGCUUUAAAUGGUUGUCGUGAUAUCUCGUGAAUGCAGACACUGAAAUCUUUGGUUUGUUGUUGUGGACUGCUCUGUGCUCUUUUGUUGCUGCUUCACUCCAUCCCGUUCCAUGAUCUAGAUCUGUACUUCAUGAGAAGAACUAUAGAAGUUCCUUGUUGCUGUGCUGGAAUAUAUGUUCUGAUAGAUCUAGUUUAUGAAGAGGCCCUCUGUUUUUCUUUUCCGCCUUGGCUGUUAUUUGGUACUCGACACUGUCAUUGUGGCUAGAACGUUAUGUGAUUGAGGAAUCUAAAUUUUCGUUAGUGGAGAAUUGUUGGCUAUAUGUUUUUUUUUAUAUUUUUUAAAUUUUGUAUUGCUUUAUUUGUUUGAUAUCAUAACAAUUGCUCUGUUUAGGCCAUUCGCUUGUUAUGGUCAAAUUGAUGGUCUGAUGUGUUACGCUAUUAUGAGUUUCCAAGUCUUUGACUUUGUGGUAGCUGUUUUUCUAUGAUCUAAGUUUGAUAAAUCAUAUAAAUCAGAUUUAGUUUUAUGUCAUUGCAUUUGGUUGGAGUUCAGCUUUGACUACCGAUUGUCAAUCGCAAUGUUCUAUUUUUAUGUAAGCUGUAUUCUGCAAAAAUGCCUUGUUGCGGCUAUACUUUUGGUCAUGUCUCAUUUUGACCUUAAGAGUUAAGACUGUAGUUUCAUUUAGAGCUAUCCAGCUGCUAUGGUUAAAACUGAUGAUUGUUACCUUGAGUUUAUCUCGAUCCCCUCUUCUUAUCAUCAACCUGAUUUAGAUGAACUUUGUGUUGCAUUUAGGUGGGAGUUUGAGUUCCGCUUCUUAGAAUAACCAAUUGGACUGUUGUAUAUGUUACAGAAGCUUUAAGAUAUAUAUAUUUUGGUGGUGUGGCUAUCUGAAAUUGAUGUCCAUUAUUUGAUUAACUGAUGAGUGAAGGCUGCCUGCCUCUUGACUGACUGGGUUUCCAAGUAAUUUGUUGGACUUGAACACACUUUCCAAGGUUGUAGUUUGUAGUAUUUGUUGUUGCCAGUUUUUCCUGUAGGUGGUUGAUUUGAAUCCUGGAAUGGGGUGUAGUAGCUGAGUGCAACGAGUGAUUUGAUUGUUGAUUCUUGGUGUGUAUAAGUUCUGCUUCAGUGUAUAAAGUCUGUUUAGGGUGCCGCAUAGCAAGACUGGGUUUAGUGGUGGGAGAACUCUAACUAGCUAACUGUUGUGGCGGUUUGUUUUGUUGUUCUGACCUGACCUGACCACCACUGCUGGGGAGACACGGGAAUGUGCCCUAUUGACAUGCGAGCUUCCCUUCCUUGGGUAAGAGGUGCUGCUGCGGUUGGAAGGUGGUUGCUCAUUCUUAUACUAGUAUAGUGCCACUACUACUAUUGCGAGCCACUGGUCAUCGGCGGAGGGGCUUUGUCUGUGUUUAAUUGCAGCUGUGUAAUUGUAAAUUUUCCAUUCAUUUGGACUCAACCACUGUUUAAUGUAAUAUAAUCUCGUUGUAGGU